UGUCACUGUCAAACAGCUUCAAGAUUUCGGUUUCCCAAAUCCAAAACAGUAGACCGAGAUCUAGUUUUACUGAUUUUAUACUCUUAAAUAAAUUUAUAAUAACUACGCAAAAAUGAUACAUUAAUCAUUCUGAAACCAUUUUUAGCUAGCUAGCAAAACGUUCAAAAGAUUAUUUUUCAUAUGCUAUUGGCAUACAGAAACAGUAAACAAAAGUAGUAUGGAAUAAACAGUUUUACCUCUUAAUUGCACAUUCAAAUAUAAGUUCACUGCUUAAUCGGUCUAAAUAAAAUUAAACAAAAUGAAACUGUAUUGUUUAAGCAGUGAUGCGUCCAAACCAUGCUUUGUGCUGUCAUUCAAAGAGCUGCUAAUAAUGCUGGACUGUGGACUAUCGGCACACUCUGUUCUGAACUUCCUGCCUCUCCCACCAGUACCCAGCACCAGACUGGCAUCUCUGCCAAACUACACACCACCACACGUCAAUGAUCCAUUACUUGAAGGGGAAUUAAAAGAAUGCUGUGGGAGAGUAUUCGUAGACAGUAUACCUGAGUUUUGUCCACCUCUGGACAAAGUCGUGGACUUCUCCCAGCUGGAUGUCAUCCUCAUCUCAAACUACACAUGCAUGAUGGCAUUACCUUUUAUCACCGAAGAAACUGGAUUUAAGGGUCAAGUGUAUGCCACCGAACCCACUCUCCAGAUAGGAAGGUUUUAUUUAGAGGAACUGUCAGAGUGGGUAUCGUCGUGCGGUAGCAGCAGCGGUGCCGCCAAGCGGUGGAAGGAACUAGUGCACUUGCUCCCUCCGCCGUUGGCUCUAGCGGCGCGCCCGCGUGCCUGGCGACGCCUCUUCAGCGCCGCCGCUCUGGCGCGCGCGCUGUCACGCGUGCGCGUCGUGGGCUACGACGAACGCGUCGAUAUUUACGGUGCACUUGACGCCACCGCCGUGAGCUCCGGUUUUUGUCUCGGCUCCGCCAACUGGGUACUGCGGUCUGCGCACGAGAAGGUGGCCUACGUGAGCGGCUCGAGCACGCUGACGACGCACCCGCGGCCUAUUAACCAGGCGGCACUGCGCGGCGCAGACCUUCUGGUUCUGGCGGCGCUGACGCAGACGCCGGCGCACAACCCCGACCACAUGCUGGGCGACCUGUGCGUGCACGCCACGGUGACGCUGCGUGCGGGCGGCUCCGUGCUGUGCCCCGUGUACCCGAGCGGCGUGCUGUACGACUUGCUCGAAUGUCUUUCCGCACACCUGGAGGGUGCGGGACUGGCGCACGUGCCGCUCUACGUGGUGUCACCGGUGGCGGACUCAUCGCUGGCCUACAGCAACAUCCUGGCCGAGUGGGUGUCGGUGGGCAAGCAGGCGCGUGUGUACUUGCCCGAGGAGCCGUUCCCGCAUGCGGCACUCGUCCGCGCCGGCAGACUCAAGCACGCACGCUCGUUACACGACGACGCCUUCAGUGCGGACUUUCGGCAGCCGUGCGUGGUGUUCUGCGGACAUCCGAGCCUCCGCUUCGGUGCGGCGGUACAUCUCGUCGAGCUAUGGGCCAACAAUCCGGCCCACGCCAUCAUCUUUACGGAGCCGGAUUUCCCGUACGCGGAGGCCCUGGCGCCAUUCCAGCCGCUGAGCAUGAAAGCGUUCCACUGCCCCAUCGACACGUCGCUCAACUACUCGCAGGCCAACAAGCUGGUGCGCGAGCUGCGGCCGCGCGAGCUGGCGCUGCCCGAGCAGUACGCGGGCGGCGGCGCGCGGCCGCACAUCAGCGCCGACGCGCCCACCGUGGUCGUGCGGCGCGGCGCCGCGCGCUCGCUGUCCGUGCGCCGCCGCGCCGCGCGCGCCACGCUGUGCGGCGCGCUGGCGGCCCGCGCCACGCCGCGCGAGCUGCGCGCCGGCCUGCGCGCCGCGCCGCUGAGCGCCGCGCUGCGCGUGCGGGACGCGCGCCUGGAGCUGGUGGCGCCGCCGGGCCCCGCGCCCGCCCCGGCGCCGCGCCUGCACUGGAACGCGCUGGACGUGGAGGCGCUGGUGCGCGCGCUGACGCGGGAGGGCGUGACGGAGGCGCGCGUGGAGGCGAGCGCGGACGGCUGCAUCGUGCACCUGCCGCGCCACGACACGCUGGUGCACGUGGAGCGCCACGCCACGCACGUGUUCUGCGAAGGUCGCGCCGACGUGCGCCAGGCGCUGCGCCGCGCCAUCGCUUCUUGCCUGCCGCACAUCUAGGCCGCGGGAUCGAUUCCAUUCGACAGGAACGCUCGGCUCGGUAUCGGAGCCCCCGAAGAUUUUCUCUGUAUUUUUUAUUUAUUUUUGUUUCGUUAUACGA